AUACGUAGAUUUACGAAAUCACCGACGUCCAAGUUACUACCAGACAAGCAGUUCCCCGAUCUCGCUCAAGCCAGAAACCUUGUCAAUCCGGGAGGCCGAAGUCCACCUUUAGGAAGGAAGCCAUCGGCAGUCUCACGCUCGCAGACCGUCUCUCUCUCUAUCUCUCUCGAAGAGACAAUAUACAUCCCUCAUAUAUUAAACAGCAAGCAAAACAAGUAAAACAAAGGCAAAGCAAUGUUCCCAACUACCCUUUCCAAAUCCCAAAUUCUCUAUUCCGCCUCCGCCCUCUACGCCACCACCACAGCCCUCGCCGCCCUCUGGAUCGGCAUCCGUCUACCGCUCCAGCACGAUACUGUGGGACCUUACCGAUAUCAUCGCGCUCUUAAGGCUGGGAGGAGGAUCCCUUGGAGGAGAAUGCCGCGGUUGGUGUGAGGUCCGUCUCUGGUCCAUAGGAGGAUGUAUCGUUUUGAGUUGGCAAGGAAGGGCUCCUUUGUGGGCUGGGAUGGGAUGAGAUGGAUGAAGAGAAGAUGGAACGCGAUGCUCAAUUCUUGUAUCAGUCGCGCGUUGCUU